UGUCAAUCAGUGUUGUAUUAUAAAGGCUGGUUUGCGUGGUUGUUUUUACAGUAGUAGCGCAGAUCGGGUUGGCCUGAGGGUUAGUAGUGGUGAUGAUGAAGAUGUGGGGAAUUGUGGCAGUGCUGGUGGUGUCGUUCAGUUGGAAUGCUAUCGGGUUUCCAUCACAGCAGACUGAGGAGGGGAAGAACUGGGUCGUUAUUGUAGCUGGAUCCAACGGCUGGUACAACUACAGACACCAGGCCGAUGCAUGCCACGCGUAUCAGAUCAUCCAUAAGAACGGAAUCCCAGAUGAGCAGAUUGUGGUGAUGAUGUACGAUGAUCUAGCCGACAGUAAGAAUAACCCGACUCCUGGAGUGAUCAUCAACAGGCCUAAUGGAUCUGAUGUUUAUAAAGGAGUUCCAAAGGACUACACUGGUGAUGAUGUGACGCCGCAGAAUUUCCUGGCAGUGCUGAAGGGUGAUAAGGCUGCAGUAAAGGGGGGGUCUGGAAAAGUGCUGGAGAGUGGCCCGAAUGAUCAUGUGUUUGUGUAUUUUACUGAUCAUGGUGCUCCUGGAAUCUUGGCCUUCCCCAAUGAUGAUCUACUUGUGAACGACCUGAUGGAAGCCAUCACAUACAUGCAUCAAAACAACAAGUACAAGAAGAUGGUGUUUUACAUCGAGGCUUGUGAGUCCGGCUCCAUGAUGAAACCACUGCCUGGUAAUAUUGAUGUGUUUGCUACAACAGCAGCAAAUACUCACGAGUCGUCAUAUGCCUGUUACUACGACGAGGAUAGAGAUACAUAUCUGGGAGACUGGUACAGCGUUAACUGGAUGGAAGAUUCCGAUGUGGAGGAUCUGAAUAAAGAGACGCUGGCUAAACAGUUUAAGAUCGUUAAGAGCCACACCAACACCAGUCAUGUCAUGCAGUAUGGAAACAAGACUCUGUCCCAAAUGAAGGUGAUAGAGUUCCAGGGGAACUCUCUGGGUGGAGCCAGGUCUGCUGACCCUGUGACAUUGCCCCCAGUAGCUGAGCGUGACCUCACCCCCAGCCCUGAUGUGUACCUGAGCAUCCUGAAGAGGAAGUUGAUGAAGAGCAAUGACAUCGGUGCCGCUCGUGGUUAUCUGAUGGAGAUCAACGUCUACAUGAAGGUUCGUGAGCUGAUGGCUGACACUAUGAGUAAGGUGGUGCAGCAGUUGGUGAGCUCUCAUCCGGAGGUUCAGAAGGUUCUGAAGGAACACAAUGAGCUCUCACAGUAUGAGUGCUACAGAGCUGCACUUACACACUUUAAGUCCACCUGCUUCAACUGGCACAAACAGGAGUACGAGUAUGCACUGAGGCAUCUGUAUGUGUUGGUGAACCUGUGUGAGAGAGGACAUCAGGCUGAGAGGAUCAUUGAAGCCUUGGAUCAUGCCUGCAGCAAGUAAACACUGCGCUGAUCCCACCUCAUCCUGUUUCUUGCACAAAUCAAAUCUGAGAAUGAUUUUCUGUUUUUCUUUUACAUGAACACUGCAAUCAUACACUGCUUUGAUAUUUUUUUUUUAAAAAUGUAUUGUUUGAGUUUGAUGUUUUAAAGAUAUUUUUAAAGAGUUUUAUUUUUGGUUUAGUAGUGUGUGUGUGUGUGUGUAACACACAGGCAGGCAUUUUGACCUUUCUGAGUCUCCUAGUGGUUAAAACACUCCCUAUGAAUAAAUACCUUUCAAUUCCCUCCCUGCUGAAUAAUCCAAUGUUAUAGUGGACUUGUUCAAAAUGGUUGAGUAUAAAAUAGUUCUGAAUGCACAAUCUGUUUAUUAUGAAUCUAAACACAUAGGAGCGUAACAUUUAUGAUCCGAUAAACAAUUAUCAUCAUACCCACCCUGCAAUACUAUUUCUGUUCAAAUCAGCAGGUUUGUGUUUAUAAUUAUGAAUGCAGAUCAUGAAUUUUAGUUGAUCUUUUCAUUUCUUUGCAGCAAAUGAACUAAAUGAUUUUUGUGAACUGAAUAAACACAUUAAACCACAUACCAGGAAACAAGACAAAAACUAUAUUUCAGUGUGGACCAUCAACACUGCAAAUGUGUACUGUGGUAACACACAGGAGGGUUAGCUUUGAUGAGGGAGUGAAGGUGUAACAGUGAUGGCAUAUUCAUACCUAAAAAUCCACCUUUGUGUUUGUGUUUUCAGCAUCUUGGUCCUACUAAGAGUGUUUGAUUCACAGUGUGCAUCGUAUUAAGACCCCUGUAUUAAAAGUUUAGUAUUAACAUACGUAUCAUUCCACCCCUAUAGCAUGCUCAUAACAGCUCAUUGAUGUACAGUAAAUGAAUGUACAUGCUGCAUGUCGGACCUUCGGCUACAACAUGUGGGUUUAUGGAAAGUUUGCUGGUGGUAAAAACAUCGAUUGUUAAUAUAAACAGGAAAAUAAUACAAUAUAAAGCAAAAAUUUCUAAUGUGUGAACUGUCAGUUGAACUGUGAGACUUGGUGAUUAGUGAAAUAAAUCUCUUAUACACACCAAAA